AGAAUCUAAAGCGAUACAUAUUUCAUAAGACGCUUGCAACAGCCGGCUGGGCUGGCCGGUGCACGCCUCGCGCGUCUCGCCGCGUUUUUCCGGCUAGUGUGCAUAGGUGCUGAGGCUAUCGUGUUCGACGCACGCGAUCUUGUUCAUAUAGCUUUGUUUACAUUAAACGCGUGGUGUACGGAACGAUGGACCGAAUAUGGAUGUAACAAAAAUAUUAAAGGAAAAAAUCGAAAUAAUUAAUUUUUAUGCAAGGAAAUGAGAAGACUGCAAACCGGAAGUGACAAAAAAAUCUAACACCACAUGAAAAUUGGAUAAACGCACGAUAAUCAUUUAUGGUCUAAAGGUACACCAAAAUGACAUUCUCAGGAGUAUCGUGUCUGAUGACGUUCGGAGUGGCAACGUGGCCGCCACCAGGCCCUCUACCAAGUGCCUUCCAGUUCCACCAUCAAGGAUCCAACUUUGCCGUGUUCGUGAUACUCUUCGCUCUGUGCAUGAUGGAGGUGGUGGUCCUCAGGAUCAUAACGGAGGAGCAGGCGCGAGACCAAGGCGCCAGAAGUGUGACUUCCAUGUGGUUCGACCUUGACGAUGACUGACAGUGAAAUGCAAGCUUUAUUUGUUAAGGAAUAGUGGUGAAAGUUCGACUGACUGUAAGAUAUUUGUACAUAUUUGUUUAAUGUUAAUUGCGAUAUGUGGCCCAAAUAAAAUUACGUGCUAAUGUAAGUAUAUGUGUAGUUGAAAAGUUGUUUUUAUUAUGUAGACCAGAAUCAGACGGAAUUUUUCCGUCAAUCAUAUAUCCUGUAAUCUAAAAUAUUUUACGAAAUGUACCUUCGGUAAAAUAUUAGUGUAAGCUAUUGUACGACAGAUCUAUUACAACUUUAUGCGACAGAA